AACGUGACCUGAACACUGCGCAGAGAGGGUCGGGAGGUGCUGGUUUGGGAUUUUGCACUGCGACAGAGAGAGGAGCACGAGGAGUGGGAGAUACCCGCGCGUCAGAGGCGACAACAGCAUCCUGGUGCCUGUUGAGGGAAGAGUUCCACUUUGAUCCCCCCCCCGCUCUGCCUCCUCCCUCCCGUCCGCCCGCACGCGCGCCUGGGACGCGUACGGGCACGCGUGGACUCUCCGCUCUUGUAUGCGAGCCAAAAACCAUGAGCGAUCACAGGAGGAGGAGGAUGAUGAUGAUGGGCAUUAUCAUUAUUUCAUUUGUCUCGCGUUCCGAGGCUGUCGGUUACAGCGACUGCAGCGGCCGCGUCGGUGGAAGACUUCGUGUGGCGCGACUGAAACUUCGUGUGGUGUGGCUGGUUGGCAGCAGGACAGACCGGCCGGUACGUUUAAGAGACCUUCCCCGGGCAGCCCGACACUCCACCCGAAGCACCCGAGGAUGCGGAACCUGAGACUGGUCACCUGUUUGCCGAUCGCUCUGCUCCUCGCCAUCACUGCUGGAGCCCAGCAGCAGCAGCCACCUGAUGAUCGCUGCCCGUGCCCUCGAGAGGAAGGCACCCGGGGGGAGCGGGGGUUCCCGGGAUCCUCGGGCCCCCCAGGCCCCACCGGCCUAAUGGGACCCGCGGGGUCCAGCGGGUUUCCUGGAGAGAGGGGCGACCCAGGCCGCCAAGGUCCAAUGGGACCCAAGGGGGACCAGGGGUUCCCGGGAGUUCCCGGGUUCAUGGGAGGAGAUGGAACCCCGGUGAGGAGGUCCACGUAAACUUCAUCGCUGUCUCAUCAUCGUCAGCAUCAUCAAUUUACAUCCACAUUGCCAUCAAUACCAACAUUACCACCAUCAUUCAUCACCUUCACCAGUGCUGUCAUCGCCACUUCACCAACCUCAUCUGUAUCAUCAUUACGAUCACCACGCAUGUGAUCCAGCACUGUGGAGGCAGCAGCGAGGGUUUGUGGAUCACGCACAGAUGGUAUGAAACUCCCUUCCCAUGGGCAUCGAGGAGGAGCCGUACCCUGGCUCGCCAGGAGAAGGCGGUACAGCAAAUAUGUGGACUCCCCCUGUCCCGUCUUUCCGGGAUAGAGCGUUUCCCCCCUUGCAUGUGCGGUUUUCACCGGGUGCUCCGCUUUCCUACCACUCAUCAAUCAGCCA